CAAACGGCCAGAUAUCUGCUCCUGAAUCCUUGUCAUUAAUUCGGCUUCCCAUAGACCAGAUUUUAUGGUUGAGGCUUUGAAUAUAUAAAACCCUUCUCACACGAAGCAGCCUCCUCCUUUUCUUUCCCUUCUUUGGAUUCUCUCUCUCUCUCUCUCUCCCUCUCUAUAUAUAUGCGUGUGUGUGAUGGCCGGUGAAGGACAGAGGCCAAGAAGAGGGCUUAGCAAAUCAUGUGUCCUUCUUAUAGUGAUCGCGGGGAUGGAGAGAUACGCGUUCAAAGGGGUGCAAUCAAACUUGGUGACAUAUCUGACGGACAUGGUGAAGAUGAGCAACUCUGCGGCAGCCAAGACGGUGAACACCUGGGCUGGUUUCACUUCCAUGCUCCCCCUCUUCUCUGCUCCCCUGGCCGACUCUUACUGGGACAGAUUCUCCACCAUUCUUUUCUCCUCUCUCCUCUAUUUCGUGGGCCUAGUGGGGUUGACAUGGACAGCAUUAGGAGAGUCAAGGUCUAACAACAACAGCAUAUCUUCUUACUUGCUCUACUCUUCACUGUGUAUGAUCUCGCUGGGCCUAGGCGUUUUGAAUCCUUCUCUCCAAGCCUUUGGGGCCGACCAGCUCGACCACGACCUCGACCAAGAGCUUCCCACUGGCAAAGACGACUCCAAAUCCACCCGAAAGACCGCCUUUUUCCAGUGGUGGUACUUUGGUGUAUGUACUGGUAGCCUUCUGGGCGUCACUGUCAUGGCUUACAUCCAAGACACCUUUGGUUGGGUUUUCGGUUUCUCCAUCCUCUCCAUUGUCAUGUUCCUUUCCAUCUUGCUGUUCCUAUGUGGCUGUGGCAUCUAUGUCUAUUCCGCUGGCUUUGUUUUGACGGCCAACCCUUUCCAGAAAAUCCUCCAUAUCAUCAAAAGGAGAGCAAAUAGAAGCAAAAUCACUCUUGCAGAUGAUGAUGAUGAUCUCGAGGCUGUAGAGCUUGAGCUGCAAGAGAAGCCACUCUGUAAUUGCAGCAACACAGCCUCUACUGAUGCCGCUGCUUCUGCCAUCACAACCGCAAAUGACGAUGCAAGCUCUGGAACUCAUUUCUUUCAACUGAAGAAUGCAAAGGUAAUGCUUCGGCUUUUGCCCAUAUGGACGAUGCUUCUCAUGUUUGCCGUCAUUUUCCAGCAGCCAGCAACAUUUUUCACCAAACAAGGUAUGACCAUGAAGAGGAACAUUGGACCCAGCUUCAAAAUCCCGCCCGCAACCCUGCAAAGCGCAAUCACACUAUCCAUAAUCCUCCUCAUGCCACUAUACGAUAAAAUAUUGAUCCCUAUAGCCAGAAAACUGACCAAGAAGGAAAAGGGUAUAUCUGUCAUGGAGAGAAUGGGGGUCGGGAUGUUCCUAUCUAUCAUUGCCAUAUCUAUCGCAGCCAUUGUUGAAACUAAACGGCUCGAGCUAAGCAAAAAGAUGAAGACUUCACCUCAUUCAGAGCAGGGAACUGUCCCUCUGAGCAUAUUCUGGUUGCUGCCUCAGUACAUUCUCCUGGGCAUCUCAGAUAUUUUCACAGUGGUGGGAAUGCAAGAAUUCUUCUACAGCGAGGUCCCGGUUAGAAUGAGAACCAUGGGAUUUGCUCUGUACACAAGCGUGUUCGGGGUCGGAAGCUUUGUCAGUGCUGGUCUGAUUACGGCCAUCGAGGCAAUCACGAGCUUGAGAGGCAAACACCACAACUGGUUUGCUGAUGAUAUGUCCGAAGCCCGGCUCGACAACUACUACUGGCUUCUGGCCAUCACAAGUGCACUAAGCUUUUUGCUGUAUAUAGUUUUGUGCAAGUACUUCAAGAGUAGGAGUGAUCAAGAUGAUGAAAAUAGCCAAUAAGAAACUGCUUCCCUUUCACAGUAUUGACAGAGCGGACUGUUUCUAGGCCAUCCAGACUAAAGCUUAAGCAUAGCCAAAAGAACUUAUAUUACAAUGGCACAUGGAUAGAUUACAGUUCAGCCAAAAUCACAGAUUCUGCUAUUAGUUCGUGCCUGGAAAAAUAUGACAAAUGCCUGACCAUUCUCUGUAUGUAUACGUGAAAAGGAUUCAUUUCGUGUCUUGCAAAUCCAGCAAAGGCGCAAGCAGCGGGAUAUAAAAUAACAAGGGCCAGGCACAUAUGCCAUUGCCAACAAUCCCUAAUGGACAGAGACAUUUUCUCUUCAGAAUCCAUAGAAAAGAACCACAUUUACAUUUUGGUCU